CCAAUUUGACCCAAAAAUUGUCGUAAAUUGUUACAAGAUCACAUCCACCAGCACAAUUUACACUCAAACUAACUAUGCAUCACUAAUUCUUCAGUCUCCAGUUACAUUAUGGAGCAGGAAAAGCCCAAGGCGUCAACGACGUCGGGCGGCCGCGAGUUGGCGCUUCCUUCGACCUUCUCAUCGCUGACAGCUGCCGCCUCGAAUAAGAUCAGCGCAUUGGCGCGCGUGCCUAGCAUGGAAGAUAGCGUCAAGUUCUCGGGUGGAGCUGUGGCGGCGGUGCUGGCCUUGCGCUACGCUGGCAGCUUACGCUCUGCUUGUAUGAUGGGACUACUGUCAGGACUAUUCGCACAUUCACUGUACGCAGACGUUCUGCGCAAGAAGCGGCGACGACGCAGCAAGCGGCAGGACGAUAACGAGGAGACAGACACGGAUAGCAGCUAAAGCCUGGUCUAAUAUUAUUAUAUCUACUGGUGCACUCGGCUUUGCUUUGUAUCUAGAGCUGAGCCAGAGCCUCAAGUGGGUUCUGCAACGCGUAGAAGCGAUGGAAAUCAGCAGGACAAUUGCAGUAGAACGAAUCGAAGGACUCGAGUGAUGGUGGCUGCUCUACAGCUCCAGCGACUGCAAAUAAGGCCGAGAAACACUGAGGCGUGGCCCCAUGAACAGCAGAGUAUUGACGCAGCAGUCGAAAGACUCGGAGCAGGCCUCGAGGGUAGCGAGGCGUAAACUCUUCCAGGUCGUGACGGAUGUUGAAAGAGCAGGACGGAUGCACACACCAGCAUAGCAGCAUCGGUAGCAGAUCUACUUGAUCUGCCGCCGCAGCGAAGAGCUGGAAUACUAAUUCCUUAAUCUUUUCCGGGUUAUGUUUGCCUUUGGUGUUGCUGCGUUCUUCAAUCCACAAUGGGAGCUGCCAGAAAUCUGCACGAGAGAGGGAGGCGUUGCUGGAUUCUUCCUUUGCCUCUUGACGCUGACGCUUGAUUAGUGUCAAUGCUCGUUGUUGGUACGCCAAAAUAUCCUCUAGUGAAGGAAUCCCUGUCAACUGGAUGCACAAUAAUGACCAAACGAACUUCCUCCACGACACAGCCCCUCUAGUAGAACACUGUUGGAGUGUGACGGCUGCAACAGCGCUAGCAUCUCUCCAGCGUACAGGAAAAUCUUCUUUUGCAGCCACUUCAAGGAUCAACGCGACGAACAUGUCACUCGCUAUACCUGCACCGCCAAAUGCACUUGCUGCGAUGGGAUCAGAGAGUUCCCACGUCUCACAAGCGUGUACAAGAGCACUAAGCUGAGUAAUAGUGAGGAAGUUCUCCUUUUGAGCUCGUGACAGACGUGUUGCAAUAUCAGACAUUGAACUGAUCUCCAGAUCUCGAAUAGGCCAAGUGGCACAGCCAUGUGCUCUGAUCUCCGCCAUGACCUCGGCGAUUGCCUUGUCUUUCGUGUGGAUAUCUUGUCGAACGGUUUGCUGGAGAUUCUGAACGUCACUCGCAUAGAGCUGCCCUGUCGAUUGUCUCAAUCGAUCCGCGAAUCGACAGAGCAAUGUUACACGCUGUAGCAGACGCGUGAUCUCUUCUGUAGUCACAUUCGUCUCACUUAGAGCGUACUGGUGUGCUGGAAGUUCAUCAGUCGAGUGAAUAGAAUACUCGGACGCUAAUUGACUGAAGAUACUCAACACCUCAUCGCUAGCAACCUGUGCGAAUUCUCCUCCAGCUUUAUCGCCACCCAAUUCAGAGGCUGCAGUCAUUGCCUCUCGAGGUAUUAUCUUUGAUAGAACCACUUUACAUCCAGAAUCGUCCAGAUUUUCACUAAGGAACGGAAUACGAUCGUACAGCUGAGUGCGUAAUAGCUCCAGUUUUUGCAUGGCGAAAUCUUUGAGAUAAAAGCAGAUCGAGGGCAGACACUUGUACACGAUAUCCACAGCUCGAAUCACUUCUGGAAAAGGAUCUUGUGCAAAAGCAUCCACGAAUUCGUUGCCUGCUACGCGGUGAGAGUCUGUCAUAUCGCCGAGAGAGACUUCGAGAUCUGUCAAGAUGCGCUGAACCAACGAAGUCCGGUGUAAGAGCGUCGUAGUGAAUAAUAAUAAUAAAUUGCAUUACCUCUUGUUUUGAUGGAC